GGCUCGCUUCAGCAGUGAUCAAUAGACGGCUGUCGUGCGUUCUGUUCGCCUCUCUACCGUGCUCGCGCGAUUCUGCCACACUCCGGUCCAGCGCUGCACAGCAUCUCUUCUGGUCUUUCUGCUGCUCCGUUGACAGAGUCGAGUUUAGGAGGUAUAGUGCAAGUGUGGACGGUCGGGCACCCGGUCGAAAUUUCUGCUGUUUCUUUGGGAUCUACGAGUGCCGGGAGCGACUGCGAGGUGGAACUUCCCCAGUACCAGCAACAGUAAACCGAAAUUUAACAUCAGUGACUUCCUCAAAGCAGGGAAACAUUUCCGAGAACAAGAUGAAGUGGUUAGCGCUAUGUGUGUUGGCCAUCGUAGUGAUUAGUUUGGCAGUGGCUGAUGGAGAAGUUUGGGAGGAGGACGAUCACGAGGUGCUUAUUAGAAGCGAGAGGGGCGCUAAGAAUCGCGAGGAAUGCAGAUACAGCAAAGGCGCAUGGUCAGAGUGCGAUCCGAAGACAAACCAGAGAUCUCGAACGUUGACAUUAAAGAAGGGCAACCAAACCAGCUGCGAGUCUACCAAAACGAUUCAGAAGAAGUGCAAGAAAGCGUGCCGGUACGAGAAGGGUACAUGGAGCGAGUGCAACGCCCAGAGCCAAAUGACAAGAAAUGACAAGCUGAAAGUGAACAGCGACGCGUCCUGCGAGCAGAACAGGCAAAUCACGAAGAAGUGCAAGGCAAAAGGUGCCAAGCCAACGAAAGGUAAGAAAGCUCCCCGUCGCAACAGGCAGUAGAGAAGAAACCAAUUUUAGGCUACAAUCGUUUUGAAUAUUAUUCCAUCUAAAUAGUUCUUCAUCAAUUAUAUAUGAACUCAUGACCUCCAUUUUCUACAUUUCACACUAAAGUCGCCGCUAACAAAGGUUAACGCGGAAUUAAAAGCCAGGCCAGGAAUUGUCGUGUUAUAAAAUUAUAACCAAGCGAUCGUUAAAGGGACGAUAAACAGCCGUAAUGUCU